CCUUCCUGUCGCCUGCCCCCCCGUCAGCCUUUCAACGGCAAUAGUAGACAACAAUACUGUUAUGGCGAACAGCAAGCUCUCAGACUUUUACUAUGAGCUUUAUGGUCGGUCCUUGGCCGAGCCAAAGAACGAAGAGGAUGUGGUGAAUAUUCUCAGCUGUAUUAGAGUGCAGCAUUGCGUCUUCGACGGCGACGAUGAAACGGAGCUGCAGAAGAUGAAUUCGACCGUCCAGAAAAAGAUGAGAAUGAUUGCGAGCAAUUCUCGCGAAAAUUUGGCUCGAUUCACGAAAGCCAUGUCCAACGAGCUCUAUGACGACCAGUUUCGAUUCUUCUUCGAGCUCAUCCAAAACGCCGACGACGCAACGUACGCCCAGAACGAAGACAUGCCUACGAUGACUUUCACAGUCUUCCCCGAAGAACUCCAUGUCGGUAUUAAUGAGAUCGGAUUUCACUUAACGGACGUCCUGUCUAUCUGUGACACGGGUCAAAGUUCUAAAAAGCUUGACGAGGAAUCAACCGGGGAGAAAGGAUUUGGGUUUAAGGCUGUUUUCGGUGUUGCAGAUCAAGUACAUGUCCAGUCUUGUCUCUGGUCAUUCCGCUUCGAGCACCAGCGCCACCAGGAUGGCCUAGGCAUGAUUACACCUAUAUGGGAACAACGCAAGCCACUACCUCACGGCGUCCAAACUCGGUUUAGACUCAGAUAUUCAAUGUCAGAAGAGGACAGCUUGGAGAAAUUCAGACACAUCUCGACGCAAUUGGUGGCUCUGCAUCCAAGCCUCCUCUUUGCCUUGCGCAAGCUCAGAAAGAUCUCUAUCAACUUGACCGUUGAGGGACUAAGCCGUAUAAUCACCCUCGAAAAGUCAUUAUCUGAAGACAAAAAAAUUACGAGGAUUACUUCCUCCGUGGCAGGCGAGGAACCGGAUCACUUCUAUCUGACUUUCGAAGAGAAAGUCACAGAUAUGCCGAAACAAAUCGAACGCUCCCAGUCUGUGUCCAUCAUCAAGAUCGGAUUUCCAGUAACAGCGCAGGCUAAUGGCUCACCAACAAUUGAGCCGAAUGGCCAAUUUGUUUUUGCUUAUUUACCGGUCAUGCAAAUGGCGCAAUUGCCCUUCCUUAUACAAGCAGACUUCUUGUUGCCCGGAAACCGGCAAAGUGUUAAAAACAACCCGUGGAACAGGAAGUUAAGGGACGAAAUUGCGGCCCUUUUUGCUUCUGCAGUGAAGGAUAUCGUGUCAAAGGACAAUAAACUGUCAUAUGAAUGGCUCGCUUACAUCCCACAACCCAUGAAUGGCUUCUGGCAACCAUUGCAGGACCUCAUCCAUCAGCACUUGUCAACCCAAGAACUAUUCUACUCGCGAGCUGGAACUCUGCAUCAAUCAAGCAUGCUACGAAUUCUACCAAAACAGUUCGAGCAUCAUAAGGAUCCUCUACUGCCAAAAUUGAGUGGGUUGUGGCGAUUUUUAUCGGCCAAGUACAGCAGUUCUCAAAUCUCGACUUUAAAGUCCUUAGGAGUCAAAGGCUUGGCAUACAACGAGGCUUUGGAACUUGUAAACGAUGAUAUAUCAAGCAGCAGCUCGAUCACUCAGAAACAGCCACUGGAAGAUCGGUGGCACAACUCAUUCCUGGCAUUCAUUCAGUAUGCUCUAAGCCACGGCACCAAGAGUAUAUGGAAAGACAAGAUUGACCAGAUGCCCAUAUUGCCCGUUCGUGUAAAAAAUAAGCUGGAAUGGCGGCAACCAGGGCCAAAUGUCUACUUACCAACUGUCGUUGACGAGGGGACCGGGCUCGAGCGAAUUGAAAUUGAAAUGCCGAGGGGCAUCGAUCUUGUCGUUCUACAUCCGGAUGCCGCAAAAGAUUCUUCCCGGCGAGAAGUGUAUCAAUUGCUCGGGGUGCGCAGUUGCCCACCGGAUACUCUCUGCGAUGCUAUAGAGAUGGCCCAGACGACAUCCGAAGACAAGCUCAUCCGCAACUUUCUGAGUUACUUCGAACUACUGUUCUGGUUCUCUCGCGAACUCUCAAUCAAAGCACGGUCCAAUUUGGUUGCAGGCACCUCUGGUGGAACCUUUGCAAACUCCAAUGGAUUGUUUAUGCGUUCCGAUCAACCAUAUCAUGCGGAAUGUCUUCUGAGGCUGGCUGAAAAUUCGGAGUACAACACAUAUUUCUUGGACGAAAAGUACCAAGCAUCCCCAGUCUCGACCAGAUCUCGUGGUGGCAAGACCUGGGAGCAAUGGCUGUGCGACACGGCUGGUGUUAGAUGGUAUCCAACCCUCUCAGAUUCAACGGAUGGAAAUAAGCUGCACUGGAUGAUUGAAACCAUUCGGGACAAAAACUCGGCAGCUUUUGUUCCUAUGAUCCAGCAUCAUUGGGUGCAGGAGUACAGCAACACUUGCCGAUUCAACAGCAAUAUCAAACAAGCGCUCAUAAAGUGCAAGGUGCUUUGCCAACACGGUGGAUUCGAAGAGCUCGGAAAGACUUGGUUUCCCACCCCUCUGAUCGUCAAAACUGCACGGAAAUACGGUGUUGAGAAGAGAUUACCGAUUCUCGCCCUGCCAGAGUCCACAGACGACCACCUAAUAUCGCAAUGGCCUUCUUUGACCGAGUUAGGAGUCGGUUCAGCUCCUGACCUAUCUUUCUACAGGCAAGCUCUUUCCCUGCUCUCUAUUGCAGGAGAACCACCAGCCAUUGGUGUCACAGAGAUGGGCUGGCUAUACAAGGAUAUAGGCGAUCGAGUUACUCUCAAAGACAAGCCAGCUCUCAAGGAUGAAUUUAAAGAAGGGACCCUCGUUUGGGACCCGGCUAGCAGCAAAUGGCGCACUCUCGAUGAAUGUGUUUGGAAAAGUCAUAUUCCAUUAAUGUGUAAGUUUAUCUUGACAUCGAAGUACGACCAAUCUGCGAUUUCUGGCUUGUUCCACAUAUACCUAAAGACCGGCGACGCUACAAUUGAUUGUUUAAUCGACGAGCUCCAGUUCAUAAAGGAUGCUCCAUCAUAUGGAGCUGGCGAGACACUUAUCGAUCGUGCGUUGGCCAUCUAUGCCUUGCUCAAAGAUAUGGCCGACACUACUAAGGGCAAGCAGUCGCUCCGUUCUAUCUUUAAGGAAAAUGCCCUUAUCUACAACAGCAACAGCAACAGCAAUAAAUGGCUGAAAUCCUCUUCUUGCAUCUGGCAUAUGACUAUCGAGAUCGGAAAUCACGUACCGAUUGCCGCCAUGUACCCGAAAUUGAAGGAGUUUUUUGUCAACGUCCUUGGCGUCAGCACUGUCACUGAUGUCUUCAUGAUGAAGCAACUGGCUGCCGUAGCGGCUAAGUCAUUCAAGAACCCUGAUGAGAUCAAAAGACUCAUGUUGUCGGCGUCAGAAUUGCUUGACGUCAGCAGCCAAAGCUCUCAAUUCGGAACAAGCAUAGAGAUCUUGCAGCAGAGCAAAUAUCUGCCUUGCAAAUCACCUUCAGGUCAAGACAUGUUUCGCUCGAUGGAAGAAACUUUCUUCAUCGCGGAUAACAAGUACUAUGCAGAGAAAUUCAGUGGCAAGUUGGUCAUGCUCGACUUCGCAUACGAGCACUUGAUUUUCUUGCACGAACUGUUCAGAAUCCUUCGCCUCGACGACCGCUACCUCGCAAGACAUGUACGUCGUGAGACUUCAGCCGAGACAUCGACCGUGGACAACGCACUCACACGCGAAUUUCGUCAAUGUGCGUAUGCUAUAUCAUGCUGUGCCAUCUCGCACCGAAGCCCUAUGUUUUCAAACCAAAACAAGCAGAUGUACAACGAUCUCGCGACUGCCACUGUCCAUACCUCGGCCGACAUGUCUGUUAAACUCGUGGUCGGAAAAGAUGACACUGCAGUCAAAGUUGAGUGGGAUAAACCAUCACUAAUCAUGAAACGAGAUGAAGCUGGGCUACUUAUCACUCUACCAUUGGCCAGAACGGAGAGAAAGCAAAGCAUGCGCAGCCAGCUUCCCGGAUACCUGUCAGGGCUCUUGCACAUCUAUGAUUCCCGAGGUGAAAGGCAGAUCGACCGAAUCAUCAACGAGCUUGAGUCUGGCACAGAGGAAAUCCUGCUCGAAGAAGAGAUUUCGCGGGUGGAAUGGCUGGCCGAAACAUCUCGUUCGGCACCUGCUUUGGAAUCUAAGACUGAGACACCGCCACAGCCACAAUCCUUGACCAGACGGUCAUCCAACCUCGUCAACGGAAAGACUGAAGGCCCACCAAGACAUGCUCUACCUGAGAUACCCAAUCACGCAGUUGAAGCACCAGACUAUUGGAAAGUCCUGGAGCAUGUACACAAGCAAGCCGAAUCAGCAGGAAGCGACUUCCGGGACGUUUCAAGCCCAGCAACAGACGAUUUCACACGGUAUUUCGCCUCUUUGACCGUUCACAGCACAAGAUUCGACCCUUCUGAUUAUCCAAGCCUCUUUGGUGCCGACUUUUGGCUCAGCAAACGCCGAAUCGGCGCCGCCGGCGAGCUGUUUGUAUACGAACUGCUGCGACAUUUAACAUCCAACACCCUCGACCUUCAACACUGGCAGAGCAGGAUAAGACACUUGGUUCAAGCCCACAACGAGUACAAGUACGUAUCGAUAUGGGACAAGCGCGAGACCGCAGACAUCGUGUACAAAGACCAAAGGAACUUGCUCGGCAGGACUUUGCAGUCGAAGAUCAUCGGCGACGAGUUUCAAGAUUGGUGGCCGGACUCGCUUGCAGAUCUGGGAGAAGACGAGGACCAGGAUUGCCUUGAAUGGUUAUUCGAAGUCAAAACCUCCAUCGGGCCAUGUGAGACGGACUUCAUUAUGAGCCAGGAUCAGUACGAUUUGAUGCGAUCUCUCAGGAAAGUUAAACUUGGACAAAUUCAAAUUCAAACUCAACAAAAUGAGACCACUCCCAGUCCCCCUGACGCUAAUCGAGUCUACUGCAUCGUCCGCGUGUAUAAUCUCCUGAGCGGGCAGAUUGGUGUCAGAUUCUUUAUUGAUCCGUGGCGCUUCCGGGAUAGGCGUUUGAAAUUCGAAGUGACGGAGAAGUGGAAAGUUAGGGCGAUAAGAAUAUGAGGAUAUGAGGCGGCUAGUGCUGAAGUGAUGCGGUACCAUAGUGCUCGGGUCCUUCAUUGUUAAUUAUUCAAGGCGUCGUACGUUGUCAAUGUUGGAAAUAGGAGGUGGAUUCAGCAACGAAUUCCUACUCUAGUAUUGGCCGCUAGAUUGCGCCCCAUUCUACGGUAUUUUCCC